GUACAAUAGUUGUUUUGAAGAUAUCAUACGGAAAAAGAAUCUCCAGCGUUAUCACCCCACCCAACAGAAAACUGCUGGUUCAGAUCCUGUCAUUGAAAUUCUUAACAGGUUUUAUUCUUACGGGAUAUUCAUUGCCUGAGUGAUCGGUAAAUGGAAUGGAUUACACCAGUGGCAUUAAAAUGAUUAGUAUGCUGGUGAGAAGUCUUGUCAUCUGUAAAUUAGUUUUUACCAGUUCAUGGCUUACACAGAGCUGUCCUUCUAUGUGUAACUGUUUUAAUGGAGUCCAAGUUUUCUGUUCCAGUUCCAAAAUGACAAUAAUUCCCACUGACAUUCCAGCCAGUGUCACUGACCUCAUAUUUUUAGAUACAUCAAUAAAUUUGUUGAAAGAUGAAUCCUUAAAACAUUAUAGCAGCUUAAAAAAAUUACUUUUUUUCAACAAUGAUAUACUUUAUAUACACGAGAAUGCAUUUCAUGGACUACCUCACCUCACCAACUUGGAGAUAUCAGCCAACCCACUGUCUCAGAUAAAACCUGGAACAUUUAAAGAGCUGACAGAACUUCAAAAACUCAUUAUUUCAUACAAUUCAAUUAAAAAUCUCUCAUGCAGUCUCUUCGAAAGCACAACAAAGUUGGAAUUUCUUGAUUUACAAGGAAACAACCUCUCACAAAUCUGCUCCAGUCUAUUUAGUCAGUUGAAGAAUCUUCAUGAACUGAACCUUGGAUCUAAUGAAAUUAACAAACUGCCAGCUGAUACUUUCAAACAACUGCAAAAUCUGAGCAUUCUCAAACUGGACAACAAUAACAUAAAUCAAAUAGUACCAGGAAGCUUUGACAAGCUAAAAAAUCUUACUGAACUAUCACUGGAUGGAAAUAAGAUAUGGCGGAUACUUAGGUAUACCUUUGAAAAUUUGACGUCCUUGAAAAAACUCACUCUUGUUAAGAACUCUAUUAAAGAGUUAAAUUCACAUAUUUUUUCAAAACUCAGUAAUCUUAGAUGGCUUGCCUUAGAAGGAAACCAAAUUACCACUCUUCCUGCUGGGACUUUUGAUGAACUACAAAACUUAGUCAACCUAUUACUGGGAAGAAAUCAACUGCAAACCAUUCCUAGGGGAAUUUUUUCUAACUUAAAUAAUUUAGAAACAUUAUUUUUGUCUUUUAACAAAAUUAAAAGCUUGGAAGACAAUGCUUUUGAAGGACUUGAGUCACUUACUCACCUUUAUCUGGAUAAUAACUGUCUUGAGGUUAUUCAGGGAAACACUUUUCAAAAUAUGACUAGUUUACUUGUUAUUAGUCUUCAUCACAACUUGCUAAGAAUGCUCCCAGAAGGUAUAUUUGAUCCCUUAAAUAAUCUAAUAUCAUUAAUUCUUCAUGGUAAUCAUUGGUGGUGUGACUGUUCUUUGUCUCAUUUUCUGAACUGGAUCAAAGACAACAGAGAUAUGACUCAGAUUUCUGAAUUAGUUUGUCAAGGACCUGAACACCUCCAUGAAAAAUCAAUUGCUCUUUUGAGAAAUCGAGAGCUGGAUUGCCCUACAUCUGAAAAUGUUCUAUACCGGUCAUUUAGAAUACAGGAGACAGCUCUCACGGAUGGUCCUGGCACUGAGAACAUUGUCCCGAGCAUCUGCAGGAGUUAUUUAGCCAGUAAUGGUAGUUUAAUUAUUCAUUGUGAGAUGAUGGUUUGUUCAAGCAUUAAUAUAAUUGUUUCUACAAUGAACACAUUCAGUACAACAACAUCAAGUCACAACCACACAAAAGAUGGUUCUAAAUGUGAAGCCACGAGCCUGAAAUUCACUAUUACAUCUGAAUAAUCUUCUAAAUGUUAUGAAUAUUAACCUUUUUUUUAACUUUCUAUCUGUGAAGUUUAUCUCAUAAUAUACACAAAGCAACCAGGUGAUACAAGACAUUUGAAUUAUAUUAUACAUCACACAAAUAUUCCUGAUACAUAUAAAUCUGACACAUUGAUUUAUCAUAAUUUAAAUCUUUGCACUUUACUUUUUAGAUGUGAAUUUUAUCUCAUAAUAUACACAACUUAAAGUGCAAUCACUAACUAAAUAGAUGUGAUGCGUCCUCAUAGAAAAAACAUUAGACUGAAUGUGGGGUUAACCUAGGCUAUAGUAUACAUGUCCUGUUUCCAUACAUUUUUCCAUUAUGUUGGGAUAUACAGUAGUUUCAUCAACUUUAUGGAAAAGAUUAUUUAACCAAGCAGUUUACUUAGUUAGCAAUGCAGUUUGUGGUUUUUAAUGGAAGUCAAUUGAAUAUGCAUAUAACUGUACAGGCAUACGUGUGGGGGAAGGGUUGGGCAGUAGAAAACCCCUGUGCAAAAAUACUAUGUGGACCCUUUUCUUUUAAAAUAGUUAAUUUGUCAAGAUUAAGGGCUUCAUCAUAGUGCUCCUUGAACCUUACUAUGCCUCUAGUCAAUCCUUCAUCUAAUGGUUCAGUAAUUUUGAGACCUGGUGCACUGUUUUAUAGUGGCAAGGGACUUCCUUGCCUAUUGAGCUGCACAGUCUGCACCUAUGAUUUGUCUGUUCCAGUCUGGGGCAUAAAUUUGGAGUUUUGUUUCAAAUGUUCAUGCUGAAUGCUAUCUACAGAGGUGGUGUGAACCUAGCCUAACCUGGAAGUUAAAAUGGUAAAACAUGAAAACAUUGACUACAUAGGAAAGAGAAUGAAAAUAUUGUAGGAAGGAAAGGAAAUAAAAAAGAUAGGUAUCUGUCAUACAAAUGUACGUUAUAUGAUACAUGUGUCCUUAGAAUAACAUGAUGGAGAGGUUUUAUUUGAAUAAAGAGCAAUGCAUGAUCAAAAAAAGAUAAUGUUAAUGUUAAAUAAUGUUUUAUGUCAUUGCAUUUGUGUUUCAGUGAUUUCUCAGUUUUUUUUCCCAGUGUAAUCAGGUAAUAACAGAAAGUGGGUGUGAACCCACUGUGCCAACUAACCAAUUUGACUUUUGGCUAAACCUGAUGGCAUUAUCCUGGCAGUUUCCUGGUACUCACCCUUUAACCCAUAUACAUGGAUCUUGAGUUUGCUGCAGGGAACCAUCCAAGCAGCUACCUUCUGGAGUAGUCCUGGUGUCAUUGGCAGCUGACCAAUGGGGGUCAGAGACACCGGUGUGAAGCGCCGAGGGAUCAGGCAAUAGGUGUAGUCUGAAUACAGUCCAAUAUCAGAGUAGACUGAGUAUGUGCGUAAUCUAAAUAGCAAAUCUGAGGUCAGGCCAGGCAAAGAAUCGGAAAUGAAAAACAGGCAGUGUUCCUACAUGGGCUCACAGAGUAACCACACCUUACCUAGGCUUAGCAAAACUAGAAUAACAAAGCUCACGCAAGGAGGUAGAACAACCAUCCUAGCUAAAAAAGAAAGACUAAUCAUCACCUUAGUCAGCAGCAGGACAGAUAGCAAGAGGGAAGGAUUAACUAUAGCAGCCCUGAAGAGAAGUUUACUGAGCACUAAUCCCAAUACAUACUCGGACAGUGGGACAGUGCAGGACAUGGGCUGUCUAUGUAACACAGGUGCAUGUUCUGAUCACAUGAGGCAGAAAGCAAUGUCCACCAUCCAGUCUUGGCACUCUAUUGGUAAUAUAAUAUCAGAUAUGGCAUUCAUUCUCUGAAGGGGAUAAAGUAGAAAAAUAUUUAUAUAGGGAACUGACAAUUAGUAAUGUUAUUUUCUAGCACUAAAAUAGUGUAUCACAUUCUAAGUUAGUAUGCAAUGGGUCUAAGAUUUCUUUAGGUUUGUCAGAUGGCCUUCCCCUAGUUCCAU